AUGAGCACCACACUGACCCCAACUGAGAAAACCUCUCCUGGAAGCAAAUCAACCUCCUCUCGUGUCAGUACUAAGGUUACCUCAUCUGGCCAAACUUCAACGACAAUAGAGGACCAAACCACUACCAGCACCACACUGACCCCAACCGAGAAGACCUCUCCUGGAAGAAGAUCAACCUCUGCUCAUGUCAGUACCAAGGUUACCUCAUCUGGCCAAACUUCAACGACAAAUGAGGACCAAGCCACUACCAGCACCACACUGACCCCAACCGAGAAGACCUCUCCUGGAAGAAGAUCAACCUCUGCUCAUGUCAGUAACGAGGUUACCUCAUCUGGCCAAACUUCAACAACAAUAGAGGACCAAACCACUACCAGCACCACACUGACCCCAACUGAGAAGACCUCUCCUGGAAGCAAAUCAACCUCCUCUCGUGUUAGUACAAAGGUUACCUCAUCUGGCCAAACUUCAACGACAAAUGAGGACCAAGCCACUACCAGCACCACACUGACCCCAACCGAGAAGACCUCUCCUGGAAGAAGAUCAACCUCUGCUCAUGUCAGUACCAAGGUUACCUCAUCUGGCCAAACUUCAACAACAAAAGAGGACCAAAACAGCACCACACUGACCCCAACUGAGAAGACCUCUCCUGGAAGCAAAUCAACCUCCUCUCGUGUUAGUACUAAGGUUACCUCAUCUGGACAAACUUCAACAACAAAAGAGGACCAAUCCACUACAAGCAACACAUUGACCCCAACUAAGAGGACCACUCCUGGAAGCAAAUUAACUUCCGCUCGUGUUAGUACCAAGGUUACCUCAUCUGGCCAAACUUCAACGACAAAUGAGGACCAAGCCACUACCAGCACCACACUGACCCCAACUGAGAAGACCUCUCUUGGAAGCAAAUCAACCUCUGCUCAUUUCAAUACAAAGGUUACCUCAUCUGGACAAACUUCAACAACAAAUGAGGACCAAACCACUACCAGCACCACACUGACCCCAACUGAGAAGACCUCUCCUGGAAGCAAAUCAACCUCCUCUCGUGUUAGUACCAAGGUUACCUCAUCUGGCAAAACUUCAACGACAAAUGAGGACCAAGCCACUACCAGCACCACACUGACCCCAACCGAGAAGACCUCUCCUGGAAGAAGAUCAACCUCUGCUCAUGUCAGUACCAAGGUUACCUCAUCUGACCAAACUUCAACAACAAAUGUGGACCAAGCCACUACCAGCACCACACUGACCCCAACCGAGAAGACCUCUCCUGGAAGAAGAUCAACCUUUGCUCAUGUCAGUACCAAGGUUACCUCAUCUGGCCAAACUUCAACGAUAAAUGAGGACCAAGCCACUACCAGCACCACACUGACCCCAACCGAGAAGACCUCUCCUGGAAGAAGAUCAACCUCCUCUCGUGUUAGUACCAAGGUUACCUCAUCUGGCAAAACUUCAACGACAAAUGAGGACCAAGCCACUACCAGCACCACACUGACCCCAACUGAGAAGACCUCUCCUGGAAGAAGAUCAACCUCUGCUCAUGUCAGUACCAAGGUUACCUCAUCUGGACAAACUUCAACAACAAAAGAGGACCAAUCCACUACAAGCAACACAUUGACCCCAACUAAGAGGACCACUCCUGGAACUGAAUCAACCACUGGUCAUCAAAGUACAGGGAUCAACUCCUCCCAGCAGCCUUCAACCACAGAGGUUCCUGAAUCUGAAACCAUAACAAAUACAAGAACCUCCACUAAUAUAGAAUCAACCACUGGGCAUUUCAAUGUGAAGACGGCAUCUUCUAAGCAGCCCUUAACCACAGAGAUUGGCCAAUCAAGAACUUCUACCAGUGGAACUCAAAAUGGGCCACUGUCUUCCACAACCUCCAAAACGAGCCCAAAUAAAAGAUCCACCACCAAAACUAAAUCAACAAUUGGUCAUGUCGAUACAGUGACUAAAUCCUUUAAGCAGCCUUCAACUACAAAGUUGGACGAGACACACACCAUCACAAAUACAACCCCCUGCGACCCUCUUCCGUCGAGUACAACCAGCACCACAUUGACCCCAAAUAUAGGAACCACUUCAACCCCACAUGUGGCCCAAACAAGAGCCACCACUGAAGAAACCUCAAGUACGCCAGUUUUGGCCACUACAAAAAAGGAAAUCCCAAAUACAAGGACCACCACUGAUAUAAAAUCAACAACUGUCCGUCAAAGGAAAACCUCUUCAGAGAAACUUUCAACCACAAAGAUGGACCAAACAAAAACCUCAACUAUUAAAACGACAAAUAGCCCACUUUCAUCCACCUCCACAACAACGGGCACACCAGAUAGAAGUACCACAACUAACACCCAGUCAACUACUUCUCCUCCCAGUACAGAGUUUAUCUCUUCCAAACAGCCUUCAACCACAGAGAUGGACCAAAAAAGCACAACUUCCACAGAUGGAGCUCAUAACAAGGCAAUUUUGUCGACUACCCUGACCACAGAGGUCCCAAAUAAAAGACCUACCACUGAAAUGGAAACGACUGCCGGUCGUGUCAGUACAGAGAAGGUCUCAGCCGAGCCGUCUUCAGCCACAAAGCUGGACCAAACAGAAAGUGUUACAGAUGAAACCCCAAACUGGACGCCUUUAUCCACUUAUACUACCAGCACCACACUGAACCCAAGUAAGAGAACAACCAAUAACAUAAAUAAAGCAACUACUGGGCAUGCCAGUACAGAGAUGACGUCAUCCAAACAGUCUCCAACAACAGAAGUUCACCAAACAAGACCCAUUACAACAACUCCUGCUAUCAGAACCAUCACUGAGAUCAAAUCAACUACUGGUGAUGACACCUCACUUGGACAGCUUCUUACUAAAGAGGAGUACCAAACUAAUUCUAUUACUGACCAAACCUCUCAUAAAUCAACAUAUUCCACUGUCACCACAAUGGCACCAAGUAAAGGAACCACUCCCGGUACUAAACCAACCACCAGUCAUUUCAGCACAGAGGAGACUUCACCUGAGCAGCCUUUGACCUUUAGGACGGACCAAACAAAGCCUAUUUCCAGUGAAGCUCCAAACAAGCACCACUUGUCCACCGGCACAACCACAGAGGUCCCACAGAAAGUAUCCACCAAUGAGAGACUCUCGGCUAGUACAGAAUUCAUCUCUGAAAAUCCAGACAACUUACGCAUUGCCACAUCUGAGCAGCCCUCAACCCCACAAGUGGACCCAACAGGUCCCUCUACUGAUUAUGUGGUCAUCCUGGGAGUGAAACUUAGCUCUGGAACACAAAUGAGCGAAGAUGAACUCAAAGAGUUAGUAGCAGUACAGUUUCGCAAUCUUCUAAUAGAAAAGGGACUUCCUGGGAGCAUCAAGGUGAGCUUACUGCGACGACUGGAAUAAUCACAAACCAGCUGACUGACAGUGAAUGGAGGAGCAACAUGGAUUGUGAUCUUUAUCACUCAUUACCAAAUGUUUCACAUAAAACAACAGGCCACUGACAUUACCAAGUCCCUAAAAAGCUUAUGUGAUGUGAUUCAUUUUUCAAUUUCUCAAUGUACUUAACGUGUGCUUUUUAAACUUUACAUUUGAUUGUUUCUCAAUAAAGAGAGGGGUAAAGUUUUCUGUA